AUGAUCAAGACUCUUGCUGUACUUUGCUUCGUCGGUGUGGUUUUCGCCGAUUAUGACGGAUACGGCGAUAACAGUGGACACGACGAUCAUCAUGUAGAUUACUAUUCCCCUCCGCAUUACAACUACGAAUACAGCGUCCACGACCCGAAGACACACGACGUGAAGAGCCAGUACGAGACCAGGGUAGGAGACGUGGUCAAAGGCUACUACACCCUCCAGGAAGCCGACGGUACUACAAGAGAAGUCCACUACACCUCCGAUGACAAGAACGGUUUCAACGCCGAAGUGAAGAGGACUGGCAAGGCAUACCAUCCCCAGAUCGCUUUGUUAGCUUGUUUCUUGGGUGUAGCAGUGGCACAGUACGGUCACAACUACGGACAUCAUGAAGAACAUCACGCUCCUGCACAUUACAAGUUCGACUACAGCGUCCACGACCCUCACACCUAUGAUGUGAAGAGACAAGAAGAGACCAGGGAAGGAGACGUGGUCAAGGGCUACUAUUCCCUUCAUGAACCCGAUGGUACCGAGAGGAUCGUCCACUACACCGCAGAUCCUCACAACGGGUUCAACGCCGUCGUAGAGAGGAAAGGACACGCUGUCCACCCUCAGCAUUACGGACACUCCUCUGAAGCUUACUACGGACACCAUUCUGGUGGAUAUUCAGGAUACUCUGGUUCUUCUGGUGGGUAUUCAGGAUACUCGGGUUCUUCAGGUGGAUAUUCAGGAUACUCGGGUUCUUCUGGCAGAAAUUCAGGAUCAUCAGGAGGUUACUCCGGUUACAGACGUUACUAA